CAAAACGUGAGCAAGCUGAACAACAACGUGCCUUAGAAGAGCUUAAAACUCAAGCAAGUCGACGUUCUUUAGAGAUCGAGGAGGAAUUGAGGACUCGCCAGGUUGAGAUGCAGCAGAGUGCUGUAGUGCAGGAUAGGUCAGAAGAGGACCGCUUAACUGAAGCUGAAAAGAACCAAAGAAUGAAGGAUCAGUUGUCUAGUUUGUCUGCCGAACUCAAUCUUGCCAAGCAUGGCCAGAAGGAAACAACCAUGGACAUUCUUCAUGCUGAGAAUGUCAGGCAGGGAAGAGACAAGUACAAGACCCUGAAACAAAUCAGGCAGGGCAACACCAAGAGCAGAAUUGAUGAGUUUGAAAGCUUGUAAAUCUCUGCCUUUAGACUACUUAUCUUGAAUAAAAACCGACUCCUUGUGCCGCCGACAUAUAAAUAAACUAAAGCGUUAUUCUAUUCUACUUUCCUAGCAAAACUAUAUACCUUUUCAAACCUGCACAAUGUGAGCACACACUCAAAAGCCUAUAGAAAGAAAAGCCCUUAUCUACGCAAUGAAAAAUGUGGGUCUGUUUUAGUAUAACAUGGUGCAUGUAUGGCAAGUUUUUACCAAUGGUUUAGUUAUAAGCCUUUGACUGACCAGCAUCAUGUCAUAUUUUUCCUAAUGGCAUAUUUUUAUACUACACUAAUGUCUCUGUAUUCUACUGAUGAAUGCGUAUACCUUGCGAAGAAUUCUCAUCCCCCCUGAAACUUGUAAUAAUUUUUCUAUUUCACUAUUUUUUUGAUAUUCUUAUGAAUUGAAGCAAUUUGUACUAAUUGCAUUAGAAGGUGAAAUACUGACUAAAAAAUCAAAAUUCAUGGUUACAGUCAAAAUUCGUGCUUACUCGUGAGGCAUAUAUUAAUUCGCCCUAACCUACCUACUAACCUUUUACCCCUAUCGUUUGGGUAGGGUAUCUAGAUGUCAAUCCUUUCUGAAAAACCAGAAUGGGUUCUAACAAUUAGAAGUAGCUUUUUCAUUCAUUUAUACUUGGCCUUAAAGCACACAACUAGCUAAAAUAAUUUUAAAUCUUCAUGCAUAAACAUUCCUAUUACAUAAAACCUAAAAAAUUGUCUUUUGCUUUGUGGGCAUGCGCAUUAGCACUCAUUUUUUCAUGACGUAUAACAUGUGAUAAUGAGCAUGCGCAGUAGCUACCAAGAAGUAACGGUCUGCGCAAGCAUGAAGUUGUAGUAGUAAUUCAUUAAUUUAAUUAAUAAAUAAUUGUAAUGGACGUGCAUGAUUGUUUGGUAGAGUACUAUAUAAUAUAAAACGUAUUCAAUAAAACCCAGGAUGCUAUCCGUUUGAAAAUUCGGAUUUCCAAAACGACGGCUCUGGUCACUGAGCAUUCGUUCCUCGUGGUCAGCGUCGAGGAACACGGAGAAGAGAAGAACUCCUGGUUACUGUGCGGAUACUCCAACCGGGACCACUUUGAUAAACUAGUAUCAAAAACCAAUCAAAUUGCGACAUUUAGUUCAAUAUUUUUAACCAGCCAAUCAGAUAGCACAUCUAUAUAAUAAGAGCUUGAAAACGCAAUAACCUGAUUGGCUAACGCGUAGUUUACUGUUAUCUGAUUGGACGGUUUUAUUGAAGUGUUCGCGGUUAGUGUGUCUGCACAGUAAAAGUAUUGCUAGCUAAUAUAAUAUUCAUCAAGGACAAGUAACAUUUUUGUAGUUGUGGUCACUGAUUUGUAUUUUCUAAAUAAAUUUUAACCAACUAUAAACAA